AUGGCUCUCCGGAAACUUGACAGAGAUCAACUCGGCAUGUACUGCUGGUUCUUUUCUGUGGUCACUGUUUUGAGUAUGGCUGGUGUAGUCUCAUGGCUGAGUCUCACGCCCAAAAAUCCAGGUUUCAGGGUUUCAGAUGCACGCUUUCCUGACUCCAGGAAUCAUUCCAUGCACCUCAAUGUAUCAGUUCCAAACAACUCCAUAAUAUUUGACCUCGAGAUCAGCAAUCCAAACAAGCGUAUGGGGAUAUAUUACAGUGGCAUCAACCUGGCAUUGUUCAGCGGUGGUGGUGUUGUUGGGACAAAUUCCAUCCCAGCUUUCUAUCAGGGAUACAGGAACACUACUCUGUUCCAGAUACUGAUACAUGCAAGUCAACAAUUUUGGCAAGCUACCAAUGCCGGGAAAGUGGAUUUUAUGGUUAGGGUGGAAACUGCUGUGAAGUUUCGGAUUAUCAAAUGGAAGACAAAGCUGCACCAGAUUUCAUAUGAAGAGCAAUUCAGAGAUGUGAAUAUCAGUCUAAAUAGGACUGUUUCAGGAGGAAAUUAUGCAGAGGCAAAGCUGCAAAAUGCAUCAAAAGUCAGAGUCGGAGGUUGA